CCGUGUCCGCUUUCGCUUUCUGCCUCGCAGCCGUCGGGAUGGAGGUGAGACGGUAGCCGUGACACCCGCCCUCGCGCACCCCUGCACCACAGCGGCCUGCAGAGCUCCCCGCCCCCCGCCCCCGCGGCAGCGGGCCUUGCCGUCGAGUGACAGCGGCCUGGGGGGCAGGGGGGGCGGGGGCGGCCAGACCAGCGAUGCCGGCGGGCAUGACGAAGCAUGGCUCGCGCUCCACCAGCUCGCUGCCGCCCGAGCCCAUGGAGAUCGUGCGCAGCAAGGCGUGCUCGCGCCGGGUGCGCCUCAACGUCGGGGGCCUGGCGCACGAGGUGCUGUGGCGCACUCUGGACCGCCUGCCCCGCACGCGGCUGGGCAAGCUUCGGGACUGCAACACGCACGACUCCCUGCUCCAGGUGUGCGACGACUACAGCCUUGAGGACAACGAGUACUUCUUCGACCGCCACCCUGGCGCCUUUACCUCCAUUCUCAAUUUCUACCGCACCGGCCGGCUGCACAUGAUGGAGGAGAUGUGCGCGCUGAGCUUCAGCCAGGAGCUGGACUACUGGGGCAUCGAUGAGAUCUACCUGGAGUCCUGCUGCCAGGCCCGCUAUCACCAAAAGAAGGAGCAGAUGAACGAGGAGCUGAAGCGCGAGGCCGAGACGCUGCGGGAGCGGGAGGGCGAGGAGUUUGACAACACGUGCUGUGCAGAGAAGAGGAAGAAACUCUGGGAUCUGCUGGAGAAGCCCAACUCGUCGGUGGCCGCCAAGAUCCUGGCCAUCAUCUCGAUCAUGUUCAUCGUCCUGUCCACCAUCGCUCUGUCACUCAACACGCUGCCUGAGCUGCAGAGCCUAGACGAGUUCGGCCAGAGCACGGAUAACCCGCAGCUGGCGCACGUGGAGGCGGUGUGCAUCGCAUGGUUCACCAUGGAGUACUUGCUGAGGUUCCUGUCCUCCCCCAAGAAAUGGAAGUUCUUCAAGGGCCCCCUCAACGCCAUUGACCUACUGGCCAUCCUGCCCUACUACGUCACCAUCUUCCUCACAGAAUCCAACAAGAGCGUGCUGCAGUUCCAGAACGUGCGCCGCGUGGUCCAGAUCUUUCGCAUCAUGCGCAUCCUUCGGAUCCUGAAGCUGGCCCGUCACUCCACUGGCCUGCAGUCCUUGGGCUUCACCCUGCGCAGAAGCUACAACGAGCUGGGCCUGCUCAUCCUCUUCCUCGCGAUGGGCAUCAUGAUCUUCUCCAGCCUGGUCUUCUUCGCGGAGAAGGAUGAGGACGACACCAAGUUCAAAAGCAUCCCCGCCUCUUUCUGGUGGGCUACCAUCACCAUGACAACUGUUGGCUAUGGAGACAUCUACCCGAAGACUCUCCUGGGGAAAAUCGUGGGGGGGCUCUGUUGCAUUGCCGGGGUCCUGGUGAUUGCUCUCCCCAUCCCCAUCAUCGUCAAUAACUUCUCCGAGUUCUACAAGGAGCAGAAGCGCCAGGAGAAAGCCAUCAAGCGGAGGGAGGCUCUGGAGAGAGCCAAGAGGAAUGGCAGCAUCGUGUCCAUGAACAUGAAGGACGCCUUCGCCCGGAGCAUCGAGAUGAUGGACAUCGUGGUGGAGAAAAAUGGCGAGAGCAUAGCUAAGAAGGAUAAAGUGCAAGAUAAUCACCUGUCCCCCAACAAGUGGAAAUGGACCAAGAGGGCACUCUCCGAGACCAGCUCCAGUAAGUCCUUUGAAACCAAGGAGCAGGGAUCCCCCGAAAAGGCCAGGUCCUCGUCUAGUCCACAGCACUUGAACGUCCAGCAGCUGGAAGACAUGUACAGUAAGAUGGCCAAGACACAGUCCCAGCCCAUCCUCAACACCAAGGAGAUGGCCCCGCAGAGCAAGCCUCCAGAGGAGCUGGAGAUGAGCAGCAUGCCCAGCCCCGUGGCCCCUCUGCCCGCACGCACGGAGGGUGUCAUCGACAUGCGGAGCAUGUCCAGCAUUGACAGCUUCAUCAGCUGUGCCACGGACUUCCCUGAAGCCACCAGAUUCUCCCACAGUCCUCUGGCAUCCCUCUCCAGCAAGGCUGGGAGCAGCACAGCCCCGGAGGUGGGCUGGCGGGGGGCUCUGGGUGCCAGCGGCGGGAGGCUCACGGAGACCAACCCCAUUCCUGAGACCAGCCGCUCUGGUUUCUUCGUGGAGAGUCCCAGGAGUUCCAUGAAGACCAACAACCCCUUGAAGCUGCGAGCGCUCAAGGUCAACUUCGUGGAGGGCGACCCCACCCCGCUGCUGCCCUCCCUGGGCUUGUAUCACGAUCCUCUUAGGAACAGAGGAGGGGCAGCGGCUGCAGUUGCGGGACUGGAGUGUGCCUCCCUCUUAGACAAGCCCGUGCUGAGCCCAGAGUCCUCCAUCUACACCACAGCAAGUGCCAGGACGCCCCCUCGCUCCCCUGAGAAACACACAGCAAUAGCAUUCAACUUCGAGGCGGGAGUCCACCAUUACAUAGACACCGACACAGAUGACGAGGGUCAGCUGCUCUACAGCGUGGACUCCAGCCCUCCCAAAAGUCUCCACGGGAGUACCAGUCCCAAGUUCAGCACUGGAGCUAGAACGGAGAAGAACCACUUCGAGAGCUCCCCCUUGCCCACCUCCCCUAAGUUCUUAAGGCCGAACUGUGUCUACUCCUCAGAAGGGUUGACUGGAAAAGGCCCUGGGGCUCAAGAGAAAUGCAAGCUGGAGAACCAUACCCCCCCGGAUGUGCACAUGCUGCCUGGGGGAGGAGCACACGGGAGCACUAGGGAUCAGAGUAUCUGAGCUCCCUACCACAGAGGGCAUCUGCAGGAGAAAUCAAGGAGGAGGGAUGCUUGGCUUGCCUGCCACUGAGUUCUGCAUGAACUCCAAGGCCCCCACCACCACAGAGCCCCAGCAAGAGGAGAGACCCCGAGAGCCAUGACCAAUCUGUGGACACUAACUAGCCACGGGGACCACACCUAACAACAUCUUCCUGAGAUGGCCGGAGCAGAGCUGACAGCCACCACUAAGACCUAGCCUAGGACACACACUCCUAGUCUCGUCUGGAGGCUCUCUCAGCCUCUGGAUACACCAUCACCAUCUCUCAAGGCUUCAGCUGAGAUGGGUGUUGGAGCGAGGGGUUGCUAGUGAAAGAGUGGGCUGCCCAAGAAGUACUGGGUGUCGGUCUCCUGUUAGGAGGGUGCAGAGGACCCUUGAUCAUGAGGGAUUCUCUGCUCCGUCAGCCACACUCCUAGGGCAUUGUGAUGCUUACAUAAGCAAGUGGCUCAAAUGAUUCAGUAUUCUGUGGUCCCUGGGGCUUUAUUCGGAGACUCUGUCGGGGUGAGCUGACAAUUUAGACUCAAUUCUUUCUGCCCACCUGGCCAUCCAGGAAGUGUUCCGACGGUUGGCACGCAGCCAGGGCUGGCACAGGAACGUGGGUUCCAAACAACGCUCGUAUGGACUGAAAAGAUACGCAGGCGUCAAAUAUGCAAACGAGAUAGAUUAUUUAAGGAGACUGUGUGUGACUGAAAAGCAACAUUAAAAAAUAAUAAAUUUCAUUUUCUACAUGAAAAAAAAAAAAGAAAAGGAAAAAAAAUCCUUCACUGAACUGCCCUGUGCAGAGUUGUGAGUACUUUCUGCUGUAGCGGGGAAACACACCUACUCUGAGAGGAAGUUCUUUUUUUUUGUUUGUUCGUUUGUUUGAUUUUCAAUUUUCUUUUGUUGUUUUUUUUGGGGGGGUUGUUUUGUUUUGUUUUUUGUUUCCUGUGGUAUUCAAGCUAAAAAAUACUAACAAGUUAAUAAAAAAAAGCACUUUAUGUUUUUCUAAUCUAGGUUCUACCAGGGACAGUGUCAAGAUCUCGCACUUUAAAACAAGCACUAUUUCCCGUGGGCCGCAUGCUGGCACUUGGGGUAUUACUUGUGCCCAUUUCUGGCCACAGUGGGUCUGCCGUUACCACACCAGAGUCCGGGGCUUUUCUGUGACCCCCCUCAUCCCUCAUGGGACAGGAGAGGUCCUCAGCUCUCGGGGCAGGGCUCUCUUAAAGUCCUGCAUAUAAGAGACACAGACGUCUCAAAUGGGCGCAGAAAGAGUUAGGUGUCGGGUGUCGUACCACUCUUUCUUGUCAACCGGCCAUUGUGUGUUCUAUGUUACUGUCUGUCCCGAAAGCCCGACGCUCCUUCCUACAGCCAUCUAGGCAGACGGCACAGCCAAAAGCAAUAAGCACCCACGUGUAUCCCUUGAGGUUCCCGUGUACUUCCUGGUGUCAGUCUUCCUGUUCAAGUGUUGACCUGGCGUUGUCCCGCCUGCCUGUGACCCAGUGGCACAGUAUUGUUGGCCCCUCGCUCAGUGACACCAGUCUGCGCGAUGCUCUCGUUAUGGCGAUGUCGUUGGUCAGCCUGUCUGUGGUACAACAGGGCACUGUGGUUUUCUUAUGAUGGUGUGAGUGGGUAAUGUCCCGAAUGCUGUAGUGUCCUCCUCCCUGUCCUCAGAACAGUGAUGGGCGAUGGCAGUAAUGUCACCUGACCUCAGUAUCAUGUGUGGCUGGUCGGCCCGGUAGUUCGAUGGCAUGAUCCACCCGUCAGCACAUGCACAUCACGAUGUUCUGCCUUCUUCUCUUGUUUCCACGGCUGAGGCCAGGCCACCUGUUACAGAUGCUCAAAGCUCAGACCACCACCCUUAAACAGCGCGUUUUCUACAGUUCAUGACAUUUCUCAGCAUCUCCAAAGACCUGGGCCCCCCUCCCUCCAGUGAGCACAGCUUGGGACUUGGCUGUGUUAAUGAAGAAGAUGAGACGUUGGCUCUGCCUCAUUAUCCGUCCUCAGAGCUUUCUCAGAGCAGAAGCAAAGGGGCUGAGAGCUCGCCUGGUCACCUGUACCAGCAGCAUCCUGGAGGCAGGAAGCAGGGCGUGGGCCUCCAUGGCCCCCUGCUGAGCUCAGCCUGGUGCUGGGGGCCUGUUGCCGUGACCAUGACCGUGACCGUGGGACCUUUCCGCUGACCAUCUCCCAUGUCUGUCUUUUGUGUUGCCCAUCAAUCACCCAUCAGCACAAAUGUGAAAAUUCAGGGAAACAAACAAAUGCUUUUUUGAUAAAAAAGUAAAUAGUUGUGAUUUCCGACUCAGAUAUUUUUAGAGCUAUCUGUAAAAACUCCUACUGAUGAUAUAGUCUUCUAUUUUACAUAUCAGGAAGUAAACGCGUCUUAACAUAGCCAUAUAUAGCCAGAAGGAAGUUAUCGCCCCUCCCCCUUCUUUAAAACCAAGGCAUUUCAUUGGUUGGUUAAGCCGAUGGCGGGUGUACAGUGUAGAAAUGAUUGCUUUCUUUUUUAAGAACCACUUGGUGCGACUUUCCUUGUAACCAAAGGCCCCUUCUGCCUUGUGUAGGACCUGGCUAUCCCUCCCUCUUGUGUUUUGUCUGACCUUCAAGUAGCAUUAUGCAGAGAAAAUGAUGAAUUCAGAAUAAUACCCUUCCUAGCUGCACGGGCAGAGUCCGACAGAAUUCCUAUGGAGACAACCAUCAUAGCAGUGUAGACGAUCCAUAAAAGUUUUCUGUUUCGGUUUUUGUUUGGCUUUUUCUUUCCUUCACUUAUAAUUGUAUGUACUGUGGAAAUACAGCUCCCCCCCCCCCACCGUGUGUAACUCAAGUUAGAAUACUAUAAAUUUUCCUACCAACCCUCCAUCUGCUAAAAAGGAACAUAGAGUCUCAUGCCGCGUGUACCUGACCCGGGUAUGUGUGUCUACACGCACUGGGAAACCUUGAGUUGCCAAGAUGAAGCUGAAUCCGAAAGAUGGGUCUCAGCCGUGAAGAAAAGAGCCAGGGUAUGGAGGCAGAGGCCACUUGAACUUGGUGGUCCAACUGAUCUGACCCAACCAGAGCAAAAGGAAGUAAGGUACCCAAAUGACAGUGGGAACUGGAGGUGGAGAUCUAACGGUCCAGUUAUGAAGUCCACAGGACCAUCAAGAAGCCAGCUGAACCUGAGUUCCAGCACCAAUCACACCAUCAGAAAAGGCCAGGCGUCAGAGCACCCAUCAAGCUGGGAAAGCCUUACUGUGGACAAGGUGAGGACAACCCAGUUCUUUUGCCUUCUCAUUUUUGGAUGCCUCCAGAGCAACAGGUCUGGGGCGACAGACCUCUCUCUGGGAUUCUACCUUAAGCACAUUUAGAUGGGAGAGAGAGAGAGAGAGAGAGAGAGAGAGAGAGAGAGAGAGAGAGAGAGCGAAUAAAAGAGGAGAGACGAUGUAUUAUCGAGGAGAGAGGAGACACCAAAGUCAUGAGGAAGCCACCCUUAACCCUCUCCACUCACCCUGACAGUGGCUGGGAAUACGAGUUUUUGUUUUUGUGUUUUUCCCUACUGAGUCUCUCUCACCUUCUCCUCAUCUCCUCUGUGUUCUGUAGCUGCAGCCUUGUCUCUGUCCCUUCUCCUGAGAAGAUCCACAUCCCUAAGGAGGAAACAAGACGCAGAAGCAUCCUCUUCUGUACAACUGUAAUGUAUUGUCGAUAUUUAUAAUUACAUAUUUGUCUGACUCUGGUCAUGGCUGGAAUGUCUAGUCCAUGAACAAGGGGAUAUUUAAAGGUCAUCACAGACAAGGGUCCCUAAAGCCAGGUCUCUCUAUAUAGAUAGAUAAGUAUAGGUAUAUAAACAGAUCUCUUUUCCUUAUUUCUCUGUCAACUUGUCUCAUGUACAAUAGCCACAGGCUGCACUGAAUCAAAGUGGGGAGGACACACAGAAAAGCUUCUAGAACAUGGUCCUUUGGGGGCAGACUUUGUGUAUGGUCUAUCUGAGAGGAAGAAGAUGGGGUCUCCGAGGUCCCCAAAAGGACAAUAGAAUGCUCUAGCCUCAGGCAUUUCCUAACCUAUUAUUGUUUAUCUGACAAACCCUGAAUGGCUUUCAUGUCCUAGGCCAGGGCCACCCAAACCAGCCCAGGCCACACCUGGAAAUAAGAGUUACCUCCGCAUUUUCCGUUGCCAUUUUUCUGGCUCUAGAAGCCUCUAUACCCUAGGAUGUCCGCACAUCUCAAGAGUAGUCUAUUUUUUUGUUCAGAUAAAAUAUAUACAUAUAUGUAUUUUUUAGUAUAUUUAUAACAGGGCAAUCGAGUCUGAUUUCUUUUGUAACAGAGUAAUACCUUGGGGAUCUUAUUGUUCAUUUGCAUAGCUGGUCUUCUCUGCGCUCUCAUUCCUUCCCACUGUCCCUUCUUUCGUUUUGUUUUGUUCUGUUUGUUUCUGUUGGAUCCCAGUUGUCUAGAAAUGGGGAAAGACUGGGGUUUGAUAUCCUGGCAGACGGAGGCCCUGGAAAUGGGUGGGUGAUGGGGGCCUGGGAGAGCAGCUCCAUGUCUGUCCUCAUCAGGUCUGAGUUCCCUGGCUGUCACUCUUAAGAAUCCAGGUGCGCAGGAGCAAGCCAGGUGAAGACAGGUGCGGUUCGCACCUGGGCUGCCGGGAGCUCAGACCCUUCCCUCCCCAAGUCUUAAAGGACUGGCUUUCUGGUUCCCAGAAAUAUUAGAAUCAAGACCUACCUGCAAGCAAACUUGUCUCUGAGCUCAGGAACAUUCCUGAGUCCCUCCUGGCCAGACUGUCCCCAAGUCCAGCAUCCUGCUUCCCAGGGCCACCAACUGGAUCCAAGGACCAGAGUGUAUGCAGGCUCCAGCAAACCUCAGAAGAACAUUCUGUGUCUCCAUAACCAUUUCUCAUCGUCUUACCAAAAACCAGUGGCCAGACAGCCUUGUAGCUGAACGCUGAGGACUGACAGCCCAAAGCUGUGUUCUCCCCACCCAGCCCCUCUCAGCAGCGCCAAUGAGAGACUUGAAGCAGUAUUUUUCCAGCUUCUACUUUUCCAAGUCUCCAGUCCUUGGUCAGUCCUGAACAUCCGUCGGAAACAAUUUUGAGCCUAGGGACAGGUGGUGGACAGACUCCACAUGGAGUGAAAAGGCUUUGCCGACCGUCAACUUACACAGGGCAACAAGAAAAGCCAAUCAGAUUGCCUCCUAUGCCCAACCAGUCACCUACCUGCCUCAGCUCUGGACUCUGAGCUCUGCCAGCCCCAGAGAUUUGAGUCAAGCCAGAACAGCCUCAUCUCAGGCAGUGAAAGAAUCCCAAGAGGAUGCUACCUAAACACAAAUUUAAUAUUCUGGUGGUUGGAUUUUCCCUCCUUCCCCUUGGGUUUGUUCUGUUUUGUGGUGUUGGGGACCUAACUAGGGCCUUGGCUGUAUCAGACAAGCGCGCUCAACCCCGAGCUACAUCUCCAGCCCCUGAAUGUAUUAAUUCGGAAUGUGAUUCUAAUCCGUUUUUCCCAUCCCUAAAAUUCCUGGUAAUCUGGUUUGUUCCAGAGCUAAAUAAAACAGACAAGAUUUUGUGUGUGUGUGUGUGUGUGUGUGUGUGUGUGUGUGUGUGUGUGUGACAUAUGCAUGUGUGCAACUUUUGCACAAGAACAAAAUUUAAAAUUGCUAUCUUGUUUCUGAGGUUUCCUGCCCAGAUAAGUAAACACUGGCUGUCUUCCCAAGAAAGACGGGGUACCCUCCUACCUUCUCUCCUUGUCCUAGAAUUUCUCUUGAAAUUUCCAAGAGGUAACUUGAACCUAGUUUGGAAGGGGCUGUUAGUCAUUUGAGCCCUCCUCUCCAUCGCUAUCCCUACAUCUGUCUCUCUCAGCCAAGGUCCUGAAGAAAUCUAAAAGCCAGUGGGAGAGCAUGGGUGGGGAGUUGGCCCAAAGAAGUAGCCACUCAACAGGAGUUGUCCAUUUCAGCUCAAAGCAAUGAAGCCCUUUCUCAGCAGGGUGGGUUAUCUGCUCUCAGAUCACAGUGCAAGAUGGGUAAGGGGAAUCUAGACUCUCCAGUGUAUCACAGGUUUUCCCUGGGAGGCUGGGGAAUGCACCAAUACGCCUUGGCAUUAAUACAAAAUGGGACUGGAAGCUCAAAGCAAUUCUUUCUUGGGGUGUGUGUGUGUGUGUGUGUGUGUGUGUGUGUGUCCAUGGCCUUCAUGCACAUGUGGGUAUCUGCAUAGGUGUCUUGAACAUUCUGGGUCCAGGUUCAAGCCUCAUAGACAAGGACUUAGAGCAGAGCUACUGGGACCUCAGGUUAUAUUGCCGGGCCAGCCCAGGAAGCGCCACAGCAGACAGGCUGCCGCAGAAGACUCAGCAUCCUAAGCCUGCUCUUGCUAUUUUUCUGACCCUGUCAGCCCAUUCCCAGCGGCCUAACAAGGACCACUUUAGGGAAGAGAUGCACGUCGCCCUUCCCCUGGCCAGUAAAGGGCCAACUUGAGGUCUCACCUGUGGUUGGCCACCGCAUGGUGCUUCAGCCCCUCCCCCUAUAUCCUGUGCCCUCAAAGGGACUCAAUGAUCUAUCUCCCCACAAGCCAGCCACCCACUGCCCAAGCAAUCCCAAAUGGCGCCAUUCCAAAAGGGCUGUUUUUUUUUUCUUAUUAAAUAAAAAGAAACCUAAUCAAGAUCUUCAAAGGUCUCUGCCCAAGAAAUAAACCCAGAAAAAUAAAGACAGCAGAGGUAAUUAAAAUCCAGCCUUAUCAGGGAAACAAGGCUUCAGCUGCUUCCAAGAGGAAAGCCUGCACUUCCACAUCCAUCUCCAAAGAGAAUGCUGUCUGUCUCCACUCAGCACAGAGCUGGUGGUUUUGAAAGGCAAGGUAGACCAGUAGGCCAGAAUUGCCUGAACCAUUAUCUUCUAAAACUAAAUUAAAUAGAAACUGGUUUAUAGAUUCUCAGUCCACAGAGGUGUUUCCCAUGACACCUCAGCUGCCAGUUACAGAGUAAAUGAGAGAAAUGUAGGGCCACCCAAUUCUGUCCCACUUAGAUGUGCUCCAAGCCACACACAUAUAACCCAGGCACUUCCUGCCUCCCUGGGUGAAAUUUGGUUUGGAUAGACAGGGUUGCACCACAGAAGAGACCACCAAGGACUAUCUUAACAGCACAGCUUCCAGCCUCCAGGCUUCCCCAAGGUUUGAAAUGCCCAAGACCAUCGAGCAUCCAAGAGCCAGAUGUGGCUACAGGAAGGGUAGGGCAGCUGUCUUCUUUCUCUCUGGGCCCAUUUGGCUUGAGUCCAAGCUAAAGGACAAGGAGUCCCCUUUUCCUACACCAGGAGCUCAUGGCCCUCUGCCAAUGUGCUGCUGGCACAGAGCGGUCGUCAUCCAGCCUGUGUUUUGGGGUGAGUGCAUGUGAGUAUGGUAAGUGCUUGGGCAGACGGUGCUGGAUUCUCACCUGACUGGAGGUGUUGCUAGCCAGGAAGGAAAGAGUGGAAGUGUCCCUUUGUCUGAACUGUCCCCACAAAUGCCAUCUCUUCUAUGACCAUAUUAUUUGGAGUCACACUAAUGCCCACGGUUGAUGUUGGGAGCCUCAAGCUGAUGGGGUCAUCAUCUACUCAAACCCUGAGGCUGGCCAGCACUGGCUUUCUUCCUUUUCUAAUUCUUCCUUCCUUUGUUCUAAUUCAGUUCCCAGGGAGGUCACAUGGAGACCACAGUGGCUACCCAGUAGUCCAAGCCAAGGGUCCAAGGUAGGGGGUGGUUUAUGGGACUUGACUAGGAACCUAGGAGCCAGUGUCUAUCACCGGGUCUCAUUAUCUGAACUGUAAGAACCGAUGGUCCCUCCUUUCAUCUGAGCCCAGAAGCCCCCUUAAAAUGACAAGCACCCCAAUCCCAUCAGCCCAGACUCUCUGUCCCUCCCAGAACCCCACAAUGUAAGGUCAGGGUUCUUCUGCCAGCAAAGCCAUUCUGACUGCCCCACCUUUCAAGGAGACCAAGCCAACCAUAUUAGCCAUAAUCCACCAGGGUCCUCAGUCACUCUUCUUGGGUUGUGUUCCUGGGUCCUGUUCAACCUUCAUCAGCCCUUCCGGUCCAUGUGACAAUGCACAUCGGUGUGCGUGUGCUCAUACGUGCACAAGAGUGCACACACAAGGAAACCAACCAAACCCCAAUGUCAUCUUCUGCAUGUGGUGAGAUGGACUUGUGACCCUUGUGUGACCUCCGGCUGCUGUCCUGUCUUGUAAAAAAAAAAAAGUUCACAUGUUUAAGAAUUUUCAAGCAAAUGGUCCCUUAAUGAAGUCUGCAGCGUUCAAAUAAAAGAUACGGAGAAAACAA